CUUUGCUGCAAGUAGCAGCAGUUUAUUUUUCCUUCUUGCGCGAGUUUUAUGUCAGCAUAUAGCGUUGACUUGAAAAAUACAAAAACUGUGAAAGUUGCUAGGGAUUUAAGCAGUUUUCGCAGUCUAAACCAAACGCAAUGAAGAUAAUUCGCUUAUUUGGCUUUCUUUGCUUUCUCUGGAUCUGUUCCGCUCAAUCGAACGGGGUACCCAACAAUAUCAACGAACCAAGUAUACCAGUUCCACGACCAGAUUCAACCGGCUGGACGCAACGGCAUGCACAAUUCAUAGAGAAUACAGCAAACAAUCCGGACAUUCCAAUUAUAUUUUACGGUGAUAGCAUUACUGAACGUUGGCAUGAAAAUGGAAUUACCGUUUUUGAGCGAUUUUACGAACCUCUAAAUGUAGCCAAUUAUGGGAUAGGUGGAGAUCGCACUCAGUGGUUGCAAUGGCGUAUACGAAAUGGUGAAGUACAGGGACUGAGUCCGAAAUUAGUUGUUCUGAAGAUCGGUACUAACAACGUGGCUCGAAAUGUGGACUCAUCAGCUGCCAAAGGUAUCAUAAAUGUUGUUGGAACGUUGCGUGAGCUACUGCCGAAUACGAAAAUUCUAUUGCUUGGCCUAUUGCCUCGUACCGGAGCUGAUUACUUUGAUAGAAUCGUUGGUAUCAAUUCGAGACUUCGAACAUUACACGAUGGACAAAAUAUAUUCUACUUGGACAUGUUUAACCAGUUUCGUGACAACAAUGCUUGGGGCGUUGUUCCGGCUACUUUGUUUUCAGAUGGAGUUCACUUGACAACUGGUGGUUAUGAGCUCUGGGCCGAAAUUAUGAAUCCAGUGCUCAAUAAAUUGAUUCAGGAAUAAAGUUUGUUGUAGAAAAAA